AGUUGCAUCCUUUCCACGCCCAGCCGUACCUGCGGUACUGUGAAAGGCUGUCGUCGCUUGCUUUUGUCCCGCCCAUUAUCCCCGAUUCAUUCUGAGCGUUAUGCCCGUGCUCAGUGCGAGCAUUUCAGGGAUGUGAUCGCAGUCUUCAUAUGCAAGUGCAGCGAGUAGGCUCCUGUGCCGACGGAUUGUAGGGCUGGACAACGGAAGAGAAUACGUCGUGAGGAAAAUAACUCUGCGCGGGGAAAGAAGGGGAGGGAGGGCCAGGCACGGGGCUCUCCGGAACACGCGUCUUGCGCAAAACACGCUGAACAUGGUGGAGCACCACUCAGCCUCCGACGGCAAGCACAAAGCAUCUGCCAACGCUGGGAGUUCCAUGCUGGGUAACAGCCGAGCCAGUGCCGCGGGUGGAGGAGGGGGUGGCAAAGGAGGCCUCUCCGGCGGACUGACGCAGCCAGCCGGGUGGCAGUCCCUGUUAUCAUUCACGAUACUUUUCCUAGCCUGGCUGGCGGGGUUCAGCUCAAGACUUUUUGCAGUGAUUCGUUUCGAGAGCAUCAUUCACGAGUUUGACCCAUGGUUUAACUACAGAUCCACCCACUACCUCACAACCAAUGGAUUCUACGAGUUUCUCAACUGGUUCGAUGAGAGGGCGUGGUACCCACUCGGAAGGAUAGUCGGGGGCACAGUGUACCCAGGUCUGAUGGUGACGGCAGGGCUCAUCCACUACGUGAUGAACCUGAUGCACAUGACGGUGCACAUCCGCGACGUCUGUGUGUUCCUGGCGCCGGUGUUCAGCGGCCUCACGUCCAUCUCCACCUUCCUGCUGACGCGGGAGCUGUGGAACCAGGGCGCGGGCCUCCUCGCCGCCUGCUUCAUCGCCAUCGUGCCCGGCUACAUCUCACGCUCCGUGGCAGGGUCCUUUGACAAUGAGGGCAUCGCCAUCUUCGCCCUGCAGUUCACCUACUACUUAUGGGUGAAGUCCAUCAAAACCGGCUCCGUAUUCUGGACCAUCGGCUGCUGCCUGGCCUACUUCUACAUGGUGUCAGCAUGGGGAGGCUAUGUUUUUAUCAUCAAUCUAAUUCCACUGCACGUGUUUGUGCUGCUUCUAAUGCAACGCUUUAGCAAAAGAGUCUACAUCGCUUACAGCACUUUCUACAUUGUGGGACUGGUGUUGUCCAUGCAGGUCCCUUUCGUUGGAUUCCAGCCAAUCAGAACCAGCGAGCACAUGGCAGCAGCUGGUGUGUUUGUGCUGCUGCAGGCCUACGCCUUACUGCAGUAUCUCCGCGACCGUCUGACGAGGCAGGAGAGGCAGGCCCUCUUCUACAUGGGCGUGGGCUCGGCUGGCCUGGUGGUGUUCCUCACAGUCAUCUACCUGUCCUGCAUAGGUUGCAUUGCGCCAUGGAGCGGUCGUUUCUACUCUCUAUGGGACACUGGCUACGCCAAGAUCCACAUCCCCAUCAUCGCCUCUGUGUCGGAGCACCAGCCCACCACCUGGGUGUCGUUCUUCUUCGACCUGCACAUCCUGGUGUGCACGUUCCCCGCGGGCCUCUGGUUCUGCAUAAAGAACAUCAACGACGAGCGCGUCUUCGUGGCUCUGUACGCCAUCAGUGCUGUCUACUUUGCGGGUGUGAUGGUGCGUCUGAUGCUGACGCUCACGCCGGUAGUGUGCAUGCUGUCGGCCAUCGCCUUCUCCAGCGUCUUCGAGCGUUACCUGGGCGAUGACAUGAAGCGUGAGAGCCCACCCGCCGAUGACAGCAGCGACGAGGACGACAAGCGUAACCCUGGCAACCUCUAUGACAAGGCUGGGAAGGUGCGUAAGCAUGUAUCGGAGCAGGAGAAGGCGGAGGAGGGCUUGGGUCCCAACAUCAAGAGCAUCGUCACCAUGCUAAUGCUGAUGCUGCUGAUGAUGUUCGCUGUGCACUGCACCUGGGUCACCAGCAAUGCCUACUCCAGUCCUAGUGUUGUUCUGGCCUCAUACAACAAUGAUGGGUCUCGGAACAUUCUGGAUGACUUCAGGGAAGCGUACUACUGGCUGCGUCAGAACACAGACGAGCACGCCCGCGUCAUGUCCUGGUGGGACUACGGCUACCAGAUCGCCGGCAUGGCCAACCGCACCACGCUAGUGGACAACAACACGUGGAACAACAGUCACAUAGCACUGGUGGGUAAGGCCAUGUCGUCCAAUGAGAGCGCUGCGUAUGAGAUCAUGAGGAGUCUGGAUGUGGACUAUGUGCUCAUCAUCUUCGGGGGGGUCAUCGGAUACUCGGGCGACGACAUCAACAAGUUCCUGUGGAUGGUGAGGAUAGCUGAGGGGGAGCAUCCAAAGGACAUACGGGAGAGUGAUUACUUCACGCCUCAAGGAGAGUUCCGCGUGGAUAAGGCCGGCUCCCCUACACUCCUCAACUGCCUCAUGUACAAGAUGUCCUACUACCGCUUUGGGGAGAUGCAGCUGGACUUCCGGACACCUCCAGGCUUCGACCGGACCCGGAAUGCCGAGAUCGGCAACAAGGACAUCAAGUUCCGGCACCUGGAGGAGGCCUUCACGUCGGAGCACUGGCUGGUUCGCAUCUACAAGGUGAAGAAGCUGGACAACCGCGAGCAGCUGGACCACAAGCUGCGCGUCACCAACACGGUCCCCAAGCAGAAGUACACCGCCAAAAAGAGUGCCAAGAGGAAGCGUGGCUACAUCAAAAACAAGAUGGUCCUGAAGAAAGGCAAGAGGCACAGCAAGAAAUAACACAAGACUAAAGAUGGGGUCGAGAUGAAAGGAGAGAAAAAACAAGACAAAACGUACAUAAAAUCUAAUUAACACAUCACAAGCAAAGAGAAGAGAAACUUGACCAAGGGAGCGAAACAGGAAGUUGAGGAAGAUGACGAUGAUGAUGGGUUUGGGGAGCCUAAGUGUUCUGCUUGGAGUUUUAGCGCUCUGCUGGUGCCACCCUGUGGCCGCUGGGGUGGAGAUCUGGCAACCUGGAGAACAGUCAUCCGCCAUGACAUCUGGCAACCUGGAGAACAGUCAUCCGCCAUGACAGGAUGUUUGGCUCACGAUUAUCUGUUUUGUAUUUUCACACAUCUGUCAGUCAUUUCUGUUUUCAUUCUUUUUUUUUCCCCCACCAGAAUGUUACUUGAAUGUGUGAAUGCGUCCGGAGGCACAGCUUUUGCUGGGACUCUUGUAAGCACUAUUUGGGAUCCCGAUGGAGAAGAGCAGUCGGCCCUGGGGGUAGGGGGCAUGGUGUUCAUGCACUAUUUGAGCUGAAGAGACGUUAGGGGAUGGAGAGUGGAGAGGAUGUGGCCGUUUUCGUGAUCAGGCUGGGAGCUAUUGCACCAAAGAACCCUCGUACUCCCUCCCUGCAGACCUCGUUAAGAAGACUUGAUGGAGCUCUGCUCCGUAGAGAAGCUUCUAGAAGAGGUUCCUGACGUGUGUACAGAGGAUGGUAUACAGCAUACAAGGAAUGGCAGCAAGUUGGGUACAGCUCUGUCAAAACUGUGUUUAAGAUUUUGUUUUUUCUGAUUGAUUGAUUGAUUGUUUUUUGUUUUGCUUUUUUAUUAUGAGUGCUAUUUUAAUUGUCAUUGUUGCGUGAUGUUUCAUUUGUCUUUAAAAAGGACGUCGUUUUCCUGACACAAAGAGAAAAGAAUGCUAAAAGUGUAAAUAUGUUAUGUAAAGAGAAUGUCUGAAAGGGUUAUAAUAUAUUGUGGUGGAUUUCUUUUAAUAUGCAAAUUAAUCUUUAUUUUUAUUUCUUCUUUUUGCUUUGACUUUACAGUGGUGUUCCUAUGGCAAAUACUAGACCAGUGAAUGCAAUAAUUUCUGAGGAAAGAACUCUUGAGUUUUAUUUUGAAGAAUGUGAAUUGUUUCCUAAGGGCCUACUCUUUUGCCUUUGUAUUUUCCCAAGUAGACUUUUGAUUGAUUGAAAAGUUGUUGUGAUGUUGGGGAAAUGGAACAUAUCCUGAAUUGUUAAAAGUAGUUCAACCUCCUUUACAGACGCAGGAGCUCUUUUGUCAGACUAGACAUCAAUCUAUCCUGCCCUUGACCCACUUUUCCCUGCCACUUGUUAAACGCUGCCAUGUAAACAAAAACAGUCCAAGAGCAAAGUCUCACGGUUCAGUUCUGUCAUCCUGAAUCUCAUACAAUACUGUUUGUGCAGCAGUGAAUGCUAAAAUAUACGGAUCUUUAACUCUUCUGGGGGUGCAACUAGGUUCUCUCCGUGAAGAUUCCAUUCCUUGCUAUCUAGGAACAUUGUGUGUGUGUGUGUGUGUGUGUGUGUGUGUGUGUGUGUGUGUGUGUGUGUGUGUGAGAGAUUCUGAUUGAUUUCACAGUGAAUGUAAAACAGGGGAGACAGGUCUACCACAUCACAUCACAGACUGAGCUCUUGUCGGUCAUUGACUCCCAGUCUUGUGUUUACCCUUCAAUUGCAUCAUUUUAUUCUUCCUCAGUGCUCCAGGAGUAUAAAUAUUUUCUCUUUCAUCUAGGUUUUCAGACCACUUCCUGAGCGCAAACACACAUCUCUGUUGUGUUCUGCUUAAUCUGUGAACAGGACUACAUCUGUCACCACGGUCUCACUCACUAUAGUGAUGGCUUGUCAUAUAGUUUGUGUUCUGGUGACAGCUUGACAAACUCCUUUAUCUACGUAAAUGAAUGAAUGAAUGCAUGAAUGAAGCGUUGGGGAUGCAUUUGUUGAUGUGAGCACUGAUUGUUCUAUGAUGUUUUUGUUUUUGAUUCUGUUGUGCGACGUCUGACUGCAGUUUGGAGUGUGGAGGAGUUCGGAUAAAGCCUUAAAUGUGAAUAUUGUCCCUUUACUCGUCCUGUUUUCACAGUUCUCUUUCUUUUGCCUUCACCUCUUUUUUUAUCCUUGGUAAUUGGCUUUUAUCCCCACUGCAGCUCUGUUGUCUCUGCGUCACCGUCUUGUUUUUUUUGUUCUUUUGAUUCUCUGUCUGUUUUUGUGUGUUUUUUUUCUCUGUCUGUGAAUGUAGUUUUUUUUUUUUAUCCCAUCAGUAAUUAUCUUUUUUCACACCCCAAACACCAGGUUUACUUUUUUUUUUUUUACAUUGUUGCUCAAAAUGCUUGGUUGAGUCAUGACAAAUAAAAAGAAAAAAAUGUU